UGAACUAAGCAUCUUAAACAAAACAAACAUAAUAAACAUUCUCUGCUUCAGUCAACACAAAUGUAUAAAUACUCAACAAUGAUUAAGGAUUAUAUCAGUUCGUAUAAAGGAUUGUUACAAAUACAUCCUCCGAAUAUUAAAAGCAUAAAAAAUAAACGAAUAGAAAAAUUAACAAUUUUCCGAAGAAAACAGUUACGUAGCUAUGGUGGAGAAAUCAAGUACACUUGUGGGUAGCUCCUCAACGGACUUCUCUGAGGGUCAAAUACGGAGUCCCACUUCCGCCACUGGCGUUUGUCAGCAUGCUAAAAAAUCCGUUGACACCACUAAAUUGUGUAAAGUUCUUAAAACCAAUGGUCUGGUCACGGACUGUAUGCAAUGCACAAAACAAGGCGCUAAGUCACCUGUAGCAGAGGUUAAAGAGUCUUCCAUGGAUGAUUCUAUUAGUGGUUUUGAAUGUGAUAACACUUUAUGGUUAUGUCUCAAGUGUGGCUCUCAGCUUUGCGGAAGAGACAGAAACAAACAUGCGUUGCAACAUUAUGAGACACCACACUCUGACUGCCAUUCACUAGUAUUGAACACCCGAUCUUUUGAAAUCUGGUGUUAUGAUUGCGAUAAUGAGGUGAAAUCGAAUUCACGCAAAAAUCUCUUGGAAUGCGUCGAAAUGGUGAAGAAAACUGCUCAAAAACCUCCUCUUGUAUUACCACACUCAGAAAACAGAUACGUAGUUAUGAUGAAGAAGAAUCAUCAAUCAGGUAUAAUUGAGGAUAGUUUUUGCACGGAAUCCUCUGAAGGCUGUAAACCGAGUCCUACUUCCGGCGCUGGCGUUUGUCAGCACGUUAAAAAAUCCGUUGACACCACUAAAUUGCGUAAUGUUCUUAAAACGAAAAGACUGGUCAACGUCUGCACGCAAUGCACAAAACAGGGCUCUAAGUCAACUGCAGCAGUGGUUAAGGAGUCUUCUAUGGAUGAAUCUGUUAAUGGUUUUGAGUGUGAUAACACUUUAUGGUUAUGUCUGAAGUGUGGCACGCAGUUAUGCGGUCGAGCCAAGAACCAACAUGCAAUACAACAUUAUGAGACAUUAAUUUCCGACUUCCAUUCGCUUACAAUGAAUACACGAUCUUUUGAAAUCUGGUGUUAUGAUUGCGAUAAUGAGGUUAAAUCGAAUUCACGCAAAAAUCUCUUGAAAUGUAUCGAAAUGGUAAAGAAAGCUGCCCAAAAACCUCAUCCUGUACCUUCAACUGCAGCAAAUACAAAACUCAAUAAUAUAAAAUCCGAAACAUUGUCAAAAAAGCAAAUUACGCGGUCGCCACAACUCACGCCUGGUAUGGCAAAAAAUAGAAGAGAUCCCGCUAUUAUAUCAGACCCUAGAUUGAAUAUCAAAAAACCUCUAAACAACUUUGACCCGACAGGAAGAGAGGCACUACCACGUGUACGAGGUUUGACAAAUUUGGGCAAUACAUGCUUCUUCAAUGCAGUAAUGCAAUGCUUGGCUCAAACACCCUAUUUAUUGGACGUACUCAAGGAGAUGUCGGAACCGGGUGAAGAAUUCAUUCUUCCGGGUGGUACAUUUAAAUUUAAAGAUGGCGAAGAUGUACACUUGCCGAUGAUAAAGGGCACUUUGUCACCGUGGGGCGGAUUAACUGCAGCACUCGCACAGGCUUUAGAAGAACUGCAGUCAGGAGGCGGCGUUUUUUCUCCCAGCAAAUUGUUCAACAAACUCUGUACGAAAUGCCCGCAGUUUUCAGGGGGUUACCAGCAUGACUCCCAUGAACUUUUGCGUCAUCUGCUUGAAAGCGUGAGAUCUGAAGAUGUAAACCGUUACCAACGUGUAAUCCUAACCAGUCUCGGCUACAAGGAUAAGGACGUAAAUAGACUUUCCGAUAAGAUGCGACAAAAAUGUAAAAUUUACGGUAAUCAAGCAGCUGAUCGUAUACUCUGCCCAGAACAAGUGUUUCGUGGCUUCCUUGUCUCCACGCUGACUUGCCAAGAUUGCUUUAAUGUAUCCUCACGGCAUGAACACUUUUUGGAUAUGUCAUUGCAAGUUAGUGUAGAGAGACCACAACCGCCGGUUAAGCGCAAAACCAACCCCUACCAUAUACCGAACACAUGCUCACUUGGCUUGAAUACCUCGUCAGGCGGACCUUCGAAGGUGCAAUUGAACAAAGAAAAAGGGUUUAAACGCAAAGCACAACGUGCGUUAAAGCAUCAUGAAACUAAAUUGCAUCAAAAAGAUUUUUACGCGAGUUCGACAGAUGGCGCGGCGGAUGCAAAUAUAGCACCGGCGAGCACUGAAAUUGGCUGCGGUAGUCAUGAAGAUGCUGCUGGCUAUUUUUCAUCAACAUCUUCAUCUGAACAUUCAAGCGCUGAUGUAGAAGACAACCUACUCGAUGAUAAUGCUACAACGAAAAUCCAGAGUACCUUAAACGUAACAACUUAUGACACGAAUGGUAACAAUCAAUUACCGCACACCGGUAAGGCGGAGUUGCGGGUCGAAUCACCAGAACACAUGGACGAAGACUCACCGGAUGAAGAAGAACAUGAUUCUGGUAUCGCCAGCAGUCCAGAUAAUGCAGGUAGCAAUUGUCUGUCUUGCUACGAAACGGACGCCGGCAGCGAUGGAAAUUCUGUCACAGCAAAUAAUAGUCGAUUUGCAGUCGGUUUGAGCAAAAAGGACACCACAAUGAUGCGCCAACACUCGAUAACGGAGUCAGCAACUCGCAGGAAAGUCAGACGUGUACGCAGGCAAAAUCACUCCGAUUGGAGCACGACCAUAGCGCCACGCUAUCAUUGUGAAGAUGGUGAAUGUUCAGUCCAAUCGUGUUUGAAUAACUUCACCGGCGUCGAACUAAUGACCGGCAAUAACAGGGUCGGUUGUGAAAACUGCACAAAACGCAUUAACGGCAAAAAUCCCAAGGCCAAAACCGUCAAUACGAAUGCUACCAAACAGUUUCUCAUAUCUAGUCCGCCAGCGGUAUUGAUACUACACUUGAAACGAUUCCAGCUCGAUUCGCGGUGUACAUUCCGCAAAUUAACAAGUGGCGUCGGCUUUCCAAUGGUAUUAGACAUUGCGCCAUGCUGUGGUUCAAAAGUAAAAAAUCUGCCAAAUAUCGAUCGUAAACAAAAGAAGCUCUUAUACGCGCUUUAUGGCAUUGUCGAACAUUCUGGAGGCAUUAAUGGCGGUCACUACACAGCCUACGUCAAGGUGCGAGCAAAAUUGUCGCGGGAAGAUAAAAGAUGGAACUUCUUGGCGCAGGGUAGCAAGGCAGAGUUGGAUCAAGAUGAUGAACAACGCGAGAAACUCGAAGAGAUGUUGGCUAAAGAGAGAGCGCGUGAGUUGCGCAUGAAGGCUGCAUAUGACAGCGAUGAUUGCUCGUCAACAACAACCACAAACACCUCCGAUGAUGAUGAGUUGCUCGCAGACGGCGUUGCAGCAGCAGCUGGCGGUGUGUAUGAUGGUGAUGAUGAAGCGCGCGAUGUGCAAGUGCCAAAAGGCAAAUGGUAUUAUGUGUCCGAUUCUCAAGUGCAAGAGGUGAACGAGGAGACCGUACUAAAGGCGCAAGCUUAUUUAUUGUUUUACGAUCGUAUUUAUUAGAUGUAUGUUGAAUUUAAAC